AUGACUGCCUUGCGUUUUGUCCGCUCUGUUUGGGAGUCCUUUCGGGCUAAUUCGGGGCUAGAGCCUCGUCUGCUAGACAAUCUUCGUGUGACUGCUGCCAAACCUGGGUUGGUCAACUUUGAGCUCGAUAUUAAGAAGGAGCACACGAACCGCCUGAACAUCCUCCAUGGCGGCACCAUUGCGAGCAUGGUGGACCUUGGCGGCUCCCUAGCUGUCGCUUCCCGUGGUCUGUUCGCGACCGGUGUCUCGACCGACCUGAAUGUGACGUACCUCAGCUCUGGUGGCAAAGUAGGAGACAAGAUCCUAGCGGAGGUCAGCUGUGACAAAUUUGGCAAGACCCUUGCAUACACAUCGAUUAAGUUCGCCAACACUAAGGGUGAAGUUUUCGCCAGAGGAAGCCACACCAAGUUUGUCGCUCUUGCAUGGAAAGACCCCCAAAAUAUUGUUGAGGAGAUCAAGAGGCUUGAGUCCGAGUCCUCAUCAUCUUAG